AUGCCUCUUUUCCUCUUCGCCCUGCUGGGACUACAGCUCAGCGCUUGGUCGGAGGCGGCGACAGGACAUGAGCCUGCGCUCGAGCUUGUCCGCAAGCUUGAACUUGGGACUGGCAACAUCAGCUGGUUCGGCUACCGAGAUGCAAAGUCAGGCCCGACGCCGUCGGGGAGCGAGUCGUGCGACGUCCAAGAGCUCAUUCGCUGCACCCGGGACGAGUCCGACGAGGCGCAGGCAACGGCAUGGGGCUGCUGGUGGCUCGCGGCCAACAUGGAGACGCUCAAAGAGCCCGUCGCCAAGGGAGUGCGGUCCAUCUGCGGCUCCAAGGACAAGCAUCCCGACUGCUGCAUCAGCUGGCCGGGCGAGCUCCCCAAGGCCACAACCGCCGAGCUGCAACAGGGCGUCGUGGACAUUUCGAAAGGGUGUCUGCCCGACGGCCCGGAGGACACGGAUCCCCUGCUGGCCUUUGACGAGCGGAACCUUGCCAUGAGAGGCUUCGUCGCCCACCGCAAGCUCGACUCGUCCGUCUGCACCCCGCUGUGCCUGUCGAGCAGGCCGGGGCUGUGCUCCAGGGAACUAGACGUCGAGCUCGAAGGCUCGCCAGCAUCGAAGCCGCCGGCAAGGGGUGCGGCUCAGGGGGGGGAGAGGGCAAAGCCGGAGACGGUGGGUGGAGCGGUGUCGUGA